AUUUGAAUUGAACAAAAGACGGUGACAAUGUUUGGACGAAUUGCGCGCGGCGUGGCGACGACGGCAAUCUCUGGGGGUGUGCCUGUGAAAAGAAUGACCACUCUCUCGCAUGGGAGAAAGGGAUUGCAGGAACUCCUGCAGCGCAACAAAAAAUGGGCACAUGACACCAAACAAAAAAACCCGACGUACUUUUCCAAGCUCGUGGACCAGCAAUCCCCGGAAGUGCUAUGGAUUGGGUGCUCAGAUUCGCGCGUGCCAGCGAAUGAAAUCCUCAACCUUCCACCCGGCGAAGUGUUUGUCCAUCGCAACAUCGCCAACCAAUUCUUGAGCACGGACUUGAAUGCGCUGUCCGUGUUGGAAUAUGCUGUGACGGCGCUCAAGGUCAAACACAUCAUUGUGUGUGGCCAUUAUGGGUGCGGGGGUGUCCAUGCUGCCAUGACUCAAAAAGAAUUUGGCCUCGUCGACAACUGGCUGCGAAGCAUCAAAGACAUUUAUAGCGACAACGCCAACGUGCUUGGCCGAAUCUCGGAUGAGAAGAAGCGGUCCGAUCUCCUCACCGAGCUGAAUGUUGCCAAGGCCGUGUACAACGUGUGCCACACGCGAAUUGUGCAAAAUGCGUGGCAGAGCGGCCAAGAAUUGCACAUUCACGGGUGGUGCUACCGGUUGAAAGACGGGAUCAUCCGCGAUUUGAAAAUCUGCAUCUCGGGCGAAGACCAAGUCGAGGACAUUUACCGCAAGAUGCAAGAAAAGGAAAAUCCUGAAACCUAAAUGCGACGUGUGGAAGCACCUCAUGUACCGAUCCAUGUUGCCAGGGAUAGUUGAGCCUUGACGACGAAGACUCGCUUUCGUCGUGGCCUUUCGAUGCCACUACAUGUGAUGCUCAUCAUGAUGCGAUGGAAACAUGCUGCCGUGGUCCUACAUCUGGCGGUGCCA